AUGUCCUCCUCCUCCCUCGAGCCGCGCUUCAGCUCCUCCUUCCCCUCCGCCUCGGACGACCCUCCUCCAGAACCCCGCGUCUCGAUCUCGUCUACCAUACCGGCCUCGACCGCUAAUAGCCACUCCUUCGACCUCUUCCCCCCGCCCCGCACACGACCCCCUAUGAAUUUCAGCCCCGACCGCGAGUCGUUCAUCGACCUCGCCUCGCCCACGUACUCGCCCCGCGGCGCCGAGUUUGGGUACGUCGGAAUGCCCCCGGCCGCGCCGGGGGACAAGCCCCUGCCUCCCAUCGCGAGCAGGGAGUCGAGCCACGGCAAGUCCUCGUCUUCCGGCUCCGGCUCGAAGUCCCCCGCUCCGGCCCCGCGUCGUCGUCGAACAAGCCCCGACUGGAGCCCGCCGCAUCUGCACGCGGACGAGGUGGACGGGCCGACGUUCGCGUCCUCGAACGCGCUCUCGACGCAGGAGCGGGCGGACAGGGUGCGGACGACGCGGAAGCUGGCGCAGGUGUUCGGGCAGCCGCCGGGGACGUCCGUCUCGCCUGUCACGGGGGACGAGUAUGACGUCGUGCUGCCUCCGGGCUGCCUUCCCCUCCCUCGCCCGCUCGCGCUCAAUUUGAAUCCCCGCCGGAAGCAGCACCGCCCCGCCCCCUCCGUCCCGGGCGGCGAGUCCGACGUCGCGCCCGCCGCCCGCCGGCACUCGGCGCCCCUGUCCCCGGACGACGUCGCGUUCUUCGGCCCCGCCCGGUCCUCCCUCGACUCCCGCCUCUCCGCCGACUCGCACCCGUCCACCGCCGUCGUCCAUGUCGGCGAGCGCGAGGGCCCGCCCGACAACGUUACCGCCAGCUCUGCCGCGGGCCACUCGUGGCGCAGCGUCCGCUCUGCCGCCGCACCGGGCUCCCCGCUUUCCUUCAUCGACCUCUCAGACGAGGAGGGCGGUGACAUGGACUUGGACGAGACCCGGCGGCCCGGGCGGAGACGUGCGCCGUCGCCGUCCGCCGCGUCGCUCGCCGAGAUGGAGCUCGCCGAGGACGAGCGCCGUCGAAAGCGUGAAAAGCUCGCGAAGCUCCAUCGUUACCUUGGCUCCCGCGUCCCCCCUCACCUCGUCCUCGGUCCCCUCGACGAGGGCACCCCGCUCCCCCCUCCCGCUCCCUCCUUCCCCGACGACGGCGACGGCACCACCGACGUCCACAGAGCCAAGAUGAGGCGCCGUAGAUCCUCCUCCGCUGCCGAGUUCUCCCGCACCUGGUCCGACGACAUCGACCGCCUCAAGGAGGACCUCAAUGAGCGCGAGAAGGCGAUCAACGUCCGCCGCGCCGUCAAGAUGGAGAAGAUGUUCGGCGUCGCCCCGCCCCAGACCCUGUACCACACCCGCGCUCCCACCGCACCGAGCCCUGGCUGGCGGACCCCCGUUCCGCGCUCGCCAGCGACGCCUCCGUUCCGCUUCGUCGCCCCUGGGUCAUCGUCGAAUGUCAAGAGUAAGGAUUCAAAACGUCCGGGCACCGGCGAUUCUUCACAGCCUCUCAUCAACGACGCAGAUAACUUCCUCAAACCCAACCUUUCUUCCGUGUACAUGCACUAUCGCCACUCUCUCAACUCUCUCAACGACAUCAUCGACCGGGACGAUAAGGAGUCCCUCGCCGAGCUGCACGACUACAUCACCGGCACCGACCCUUACCCGGUGGGUUCGGAGUACGACUUCCAGUUCGCGAACAUCUCGCCCGAGCUCUUCGAGGAGUUCUCGGUCUCGAGCCCGACGACCUCGAAGGCGGACCGCCGCCGCUCGCUACCGUCGCGCAUGUCCGUCGCCUCGUUUUCGUCCGACAUUGGCGCCAUGCUCCUCCCCACCCCCAUGGAGGGCUCCUUCGAGGGCAAGCAGACGUUCCAGCAGCGCCGCCGGCGCGCGGCGAAGCUGGGCAAGUUCUUCGGCGUGGACUACAAGGACCUCAUGAACGAGAUCCUCGAGAGCAUCGAGAAGGGCGUCGAGGAGGAGCGCGGCAAGGGCACGUUGAAGCCCGACGAGGUCCAGGACCUGCAACAAAAACUAUCGAAGCUGAAGUCGAAGCGCAACAGCCUUACGUCUACUUCCACCACUGCCUCAUGA